CAGCCCUAAAGUUCUACAGCAGGAAGAAUUAAUGCUAUCUAUAAAAACAAAAACGAAUUAAAUAUGUUUAUUUAACUUUUUAAACGGCAUAUUAACCGUCCUACUUUUUGUUUACGAAUUAUUCUGUUUCCGCUAUCAUGUCACAUUUUUAACCUUGAAACCUGUUGUACUUUUCAAGCACCCGUCUGUCAUUUUAGACAGUUUUUCUGGAUCUCUGAACAAACUUGAAAAUCAAAUGAAAUGGAAAUCCUAACAGUUUUUAUUAUUAUUUCAAGUUCGUACUAAAAAUGAACUCUCGAUGUGACCACGAACUGAUUGUGAAUAAAACAUGAUUAUCGUCUUAUCGUUACGUAUAUGAACAUGUUGCAAGCAAAUUUCUUAUUUCCACACAAUCAUCCUAUUAUCGGUCAUCGACAGUGCACUUGUUACCUAGAAAACAGAAGUCCAUAAUUCAAUAACCUAUUUUCAUAGUAGGAAAUUAUCUAAUAGCUCAAAACAAAAUAAAUAAACUUAGUACGCAGUCUGCCGCCGAGGCGAUUGCACGCGGCUUGUGUUCGAUAUCUACCGUAUGAAAAAAUAAAACGGAAAAUAAUUUACUUGUAUUGUGAUACUUAAUUAAUCAUGGGUAAAGUGGCAACCGCUGAAGCUAUGCGGUUCAUGGUCGACUGCCUUAAGUCGGUAGGAACGGCAGUCAAGGCAGCUGAGCAGCAAGCGGAACUCCUCAUUCAGGCAGACAGACUAGGACAUCCCAGUCAUGGAAUGAACAGACUUGAGAUGUAUGUGAACGACAUUAUAAGCGGAGCAUGCCAGCCCAACAACGAACCCAAAAUUCUGAAAGAGAACGCAUCCACCGCGUGGGUCGACGCUAACAACGUGCUAGGCGCAACAGCCAGCCAUUUCGCUAUGGACAUUGCCAUUAAGAAAGCCCAGGAGACUGGAGUGGGAUGGGUGACAGUCAAAGGUUCUAAUCACAACGGCAUAGCAGGGUUCUGGGCAAAGAAGGCGGCUGAUAAAGGACUAAUAGGCAUGGCAUUCACGAAUACUUCACCUUUACUGGCCCCUACCAGGAGCAAAAAGGCAGCUCUCGGUACUAAUCCUCUAUCAGUCGUUGCGCCCGCUUCGAAAGGAGAAUCCUUCUAUUUGGACAUGGCAACUACAGCAGUUGCUGUUGGCAAGAUAGAAAUGCAAUGUCGUAAAGGCGAACCUUUGCCACUGGGCUGGGCACAGGGACCGGACGGUAAAAUAACGCAAGACGCAGAACUGGCCUUCAAAACGAGCUGCCUCAUGCCUUUAGGCGGUGGUGAGAACACAUCAGGAUAUAAGGGAUUCGGACUAUCUGCUGUAGUGGAUAUCUUCUCUGGGAUAUUGUCAGGAUCGAAUUACGGUCAUCACAUACGGUCAUGGUCGCACACUGGAUCCGGAGGUCCAGCGAAUCUGGGUCAUUGCUUCGUCGCCGUGAACCCGGGAAGCUUUGCACCUGGUUUCGAGGACAGAAUGGCGGAGAGUAUACAGCACUGGAGACAGUUGGAGCCAACCGAUCCUAACUUACCAGUCAUGGCGCCUGGAGAUAAAGAGAAGGAAGCGGCAAAAGAAACUGACGCGAACGGAACUGUAUCCUAUGUGAAACAGCAGAUUGAAUCAAGUGCAGAAUUGGCCAAAAGACUCAAAGUCAAGCCGAUGGUCGUGAAAUUUAAUUGAACUCUUAAUCUCAUCGAAAAAAUAAUGUUUUCUAGAACUUUCUACCAUAUCUAGAUUCUUCUUGGACACUCUUAUUAUAUAUUUCUCCGACGCGACUAAAAUAUUAUUUUACGAAUUCAAAUUGAUUUUAUAAGUAGGUAGUUUAUUUAAGUAGAUUAUUAUUGUAUAUAUUUAAAAUAAAAAUCAAGCGAAAUCAACCUUCCAAGCGAACUCCGUCUGCUCAAUUUAGCUUAGAAAUAAAAACUCAACCAACCAAUUAGCUAGAAGUAUAACUUCAAAACUAAAUUGGUAGAUAGGUACUCAUUAAGAAAUUGUUAUUAUAGCUAUAUGUUUACAUUAUCAUUAAAGUGUAAAACAAAAUAAAGCAUUAUUUAAAUAAUGCUAUCAAUUUUUAAAUGGGACCAAAUUGUGCAAGAUGUCAUGUGAUAUUAUUACGGCACAAAGUGUCUAAUUUUGUGUUUUUAUAGUACCCAACGUUAAUAUAAUGUAUCUGCUAUAUCAAUAAAUUAUUUUUUUAAUUUUUCGUUUCA